AUGGUGUCGGCUCGCGGAAUCUCUCUCCUCCUCCUUGAGUCCAGAAGCAGCCACACACUAUCUUCAUCUCCCCAGCAUUCGCAGCUCGGAACUGGCCCUUUAAGAAAACAUUCCGUGUUCGGCGCUCCCGCCCGGGGCCCGCACCCCGGACACUUUAAAAGGACCCAGGUGGCCCCGGAGCUUUGCGUUCCCCGUCGCCCCGGCCCGCUUUUCUCCUGCACUCUCCCCUCGGCCCCCGUCCCCGCCCCGCGAUCGCUGGAGGGGGCGUCGGGGCUUGAGCGCCAGAACCCGGCUCCUCCGAAGCCCCCUCCGGGCCCCACCGCCCCCCUCGGGCCUCCCGGCCCCCGCCUCCUCCCCUUCGCCCCCACCCAACGGCUGCUGCUUCGGGCUUCGCGGCUCAAAAACAACAGCGGAGGCGCCGCCAGCUCCGCGCUCCGCCACUGCCCAGGCCGGCGGGCGGCACUCGGACCCGCCGCCCUCGGUCCCUCGCGAGGCCGCGGAGGCCAACACGCCUCGCACGGGGGGACAGCGCAGGGGCAGCGGUCCAAACACCAGGCGUCCUCGGCUGGUCGUCCCAGGGCGCCCGCACCUCUCCGCCCGCGCUCUCCUGCCGCCGCGCCCCCAAGCCCCCAAACUCCGAGGCGCUGCGGCGGAGGGGCCGGGCUGAGCUCAGGCAGGGUGGCCCCGGCCCAGGAGCCUGACGGCCUGAGUGCGGAUUUCUCAUCUGAGUAUCUGGGAAUCGAGAAUGAAUUGGAAGGAAACCGAGGCGCUGCCCUGGCCGGGUUGCUGCCCCGCACCCUUCUGGAGCACCGAAGUCCUGCCCGGCAACAGGACUUGGAGCUGCCGCAGAGUCAUCCUGAGCCCGAGGCAGGGGUCGCGCCCGCGAUGCGGGGUCUCUCCGCCGCCCCGCGACGCUCCUGGCCGUGCCCUCCCUGCCCUUUGUUGUGUAAUGAGACCUGUGGCGGCUCCACUGAGACCCACACGUGCAAUUCCGCGCCUCCGCGUUAAAGGAGGUGAAACGCAGCAGCCCUGAGAAACCCCAAGACCCCGGUGUCCUAGCAGAGGCGCCCCGGAUGGGGAGGGGCGCGGGGGCCGGCGCUACCCCAGAGGAAAAGCCCAGCGGAGCCGGGUUGGGCAGGAGCCGGCGGCGGCGGUGCGCUGGGCCUUCUGCCUUGGAUCCUCCGCAGUCGGCACCGCUUCCCUGCUCGGAUUCGAACCCAGAUGCGGCUCCCAAGGCUCCCACGGCUCCAGGGUGCCCAGUCUUGCAGCCAGCUCGCCGCCUGAGCCCCGGAUGGAGGAAGCGCUCACUGGGGGCUACCUCUGCUGUUUCUGGCACCAGGUGAGUGUCGCCUAGAGAAGGGCCAUGAGCAAUGGCACAGCCCCAUUCCCUGCCGUCCUUCUGAGGGUCUAUCGACCCCUUUACCCACCCUCCCCACACCCCGACCAUCUUUCUACAGGGGUUGGGGCAGAGAACAGCUCAGUUUACAGGCCCGGCUCUGGAGAUCUUGAUCUGCCUAGCCAACUAGGGCACCGCUGCAGCUCUGCACGGCCAAGGCCGGUUCUGAACCUGCUCACCCCAGUGGGUGGGAGGUGCUGGAGCCCAGGAACACGGGCGCUGUCCUGCCUAAACCCCGCCAAGGGCAGGCUCCCGAGGUGGGCCCAACCUGGCUGGAGCUGCUGGCUAGAAAGGACUCAAGGUCACUCCCAUGUCUCUGCACCCAGGGCCCCCUUGCUCCUGCCUGAAGCCUCCGCAGGUUUGGGAGGAGGCCUGGGGAAGUUACUAUGCCUGCGAAGCACUCCCACCUGUAGAGAGGGUCCCUUCCCCACCCUUUGCUCCUGGCCUGGAGGCAGCCAACAGAUGCCAAGGUUGUGUAGUCCUGGCCUUCUUCUACGGGUGCCCCAACUCUCUCAGGCCCUCUCCCUACCUCCUCCUCCAGCUCAGGAGGUGGUUCUCAGAACCCUGGCCAGGCUAGGACAGGACAGCCAUCCCUGGCCUGUUGCCAGCCCCUAGGGAAGAAGGGCAGGAGGUAUGGGAGCAAGCUGGUCUGUGCCAUCUGGUCCCUGCCCUCCGCCAGGCUGUUGGGUAGGGAUGGGGUCACAGAUCUGCCUGGGGAGGGGUAGCUGCCAGUCAAGCCUCGCCAGGGAGACACCCGGGCUGCCUACCUGCAAGGCACUGGCGCAGCCCUGGCUCCAGUGGGGCAGUGUCUCCCCAGCCUGCUGGAGGAGCCCAGGCAGGCUGUCCCCAAGGCCAUGGCCCUGGCCGAGUUUGCAUCCUGGCCUGGCCAGGCCCUGCCCCCGCGUGGCCAGACGUAGAAGCGGAGAGCAGGUCAGGCAUUGAGGAGUCCCUUGGGGAAAAAGGGUGACGCAGGGAAGAUCAGAUGCAGGUCCUGCCUGGGGCCCAGUUCUGUGUCCCUGCCUGGCAAGGGCUUUGGGGGGCUUGGAGAACAGGUAGGGCAAGUGUAGGCCCAGUGGGGAAAAGGUUGAUACUGAAAGGUCUAAGGGCAAUUUUCAAACCAAGUCUAGCUCUGCAGAGCCUUGGGGCUGAUGCCAGGCCCUGGGGCCCCUGCGCUGGGAUUGUGAGUGCUGUGAGCUCAUUCCCACUGACCUCCUCGGGUUGUCCACGGACAGUGAGUGCGGGUUGGCCACAUUGAGGCUCCUACACUGGACAACUACACGCUGCUGUCAAGUUCCAAAACCAGUUUCAUAGCUGGGGUCUUGGAGGCUAGAGAGGGGCUUUAACCACCAACUUCUGCUGGGGUCUGGGCAGAGAGGGAGUCCAUGAGCCCUGCAGACUCCCAGUGUUUCUAACGGCUGGAGACCCAUGACCAGGUUAAUUCCUUAGGGAAAAGGCCGGGUUUGAGAGCCAGACAUGCUGGUCCUGCAGUGCUGGAGGAAGCAUCUUAUUAGUGAGUAGGAGGCCCCCAAGCCCCAGGGGUUCCCCAGAAGCCCAUUGAGUAGCAGAACUACCAUGCCGGCCUGCCCUCCACUCCCGGAAUCUACAAAUGCAUUCUAGGGUUAGAGAGCCCCUUCGCUUGGCCAGGCCUUGUGCCCCAUGCCAACCGGCAGGAUCAGAGCUGCCCCAGCUGCCCCCACCCCCAGCCCCUCAGGCCCCAGGGAGCCCUGCUUCGGGCUGUGUGUGCAGGAGAGGAGGUAGGCAUGGCAUCUGGCAAGAUGGACUGACCUCACCAGGUUCUUAUCCCUUUCUCUCCCGCUCCUCUGUGCUUUUUGAACUUAGCCAUGGGUUUUCAGAUACUUGGCCUCAGGCUCUAUUGAAUUCCAGGUCAAGGUUUUACUCACUCCUCACCCCCACCUUGCUCCUCCGGGUAGCAAAGAAGCACACAGCCUCUGGUUUACCAACUGGCUUUCCUGGGAGAUUGAAAAUGCCCCAGGUGGGAUCCAGACCGCCAGCGCUCACCCCACCCCCAAUACGUGGGCCACUGAGUCAGGCCAGGAUGAGGCUCUUGCUCCCUGGGCAUGUUCUCCCGCCCCAUACUUGGUGAGAAUGUCUCCCAGACUUGAGCAGCAGGAGACAGGAGACCACAGGCCCUUGGGGAUGGCUGACUUGGCUCCCACUAGACAGAGGGGAACAUGGAGGAGGGCUGCUUGGACCCUAUACCUCACAGGGGACUCGAUGGGGGCUGAAUGCUGGAAGGAGCCUGCGUUUGGUCUAGAAUGGUGGGGGUGGGUGGGAGACACAAAUCAUGGAAAAGGCCAUUUCUUCCCUAUUCAGACCUCUGAAAUGACCCGAGGUGGGUGCUUCCUCCAGCAUCAUGCCUCAGCCGCACACUGGGGCUACAGGAAUCCCCCCAGACCCUGGGGUCAAUAUUUCAGGGCCCCUUUGAACCUUCUUCUCACCCGAGGCCUGGGAAACCUUCCUGUGCCCCAGAAUACUUGGAGAGGACAGGACACAGGUCCCAGUUGUGACCCAGUGGCGGCAAGGUUCCAUUCCCUGCACUGCUCAAAGAUGGGGGCCUCCCAAAGCCGAUACCCUAUUCCUGGUCCCAGAGUGGGUAGCUGGGAGGAGUGGACUUCCCAGGAAUGUGAGCCAUGUCGCCGAUUUCGAACAAACCCCAGAUGUGUGGAAACUGACUUAUUUUCAUUGCAAGAGGAUCCUUGUCCCUUACAGGUGGGCAGCUUCCGGGGACCGGCUUGCACGAUGCUGUGGCCACCCCAGUGGAGACCCUCUGCCCGGCUUUGUGUCCUGGCGUCCCCACCAGGGUGUCCAGCUCUCCUGCGCAGAUGUCGGGAGUGUCUGGAUGCCCCAUGGGCACUUCAAGGGCCCAAUCCGGAGUAUUUUGUUUUGUUUUGUUUUGUUUUGUUUUAAGAGAUUGAGACUGUGAACCUGAAUUCCCUUGAUCUCCUCCCGUUGGGCCCAGGAGGGAGCCGAAUCUAGGCCCAACCGGGCUCACUGAGAAGGUGCAGGAAGCCCCCAACGACUCCUACUCGUGUGCGGCCCAUACUGGGCCGGAACGCUGCAGUGGCCGAGCCGCUGGGUGUCUGCAACGGGGAGCGCCCCCGCCGCUGGGGGCAAUAAACGGAAUCGGUUUCGCACGCUU